AACUCGUUUUUAUUUCAAACACCACGCAAGUUUUUACUCCAAGUAAUCGCAUUUUAAUUUCUUUUAUAAACGCCUAUAUGUACCUCAACGUAAGCAAAUAAGCAUGUGCAUAUACAUGCCCAUAAAAUGGUAUUCAACUGAAAUGAGAGUUAAAGAAUGAUACGCCCCUCUCCCCGAUAAAAAAUAGAUCGCUUGAAACCUUUCUUUGCCUUUUUAACCACAUUUCACGCGUCAACUCGUCUCGAUCACAACUAUAAACACUAAGUCCACCCUCUCCUCAAUUUCUCACAAAACAAUUUCGCUCUCUUCCUCUUCACAUUCACAUAAACAACAAAAGAAGAAGACAAAGAAAGAGACAAAGAAGAAACGAAGAACUAUAUCUCUCUAUCUCUUGAGCUCUAACUAACUCACAAAACACACUCAUACAUCAAGAGAAAAUGGCUCAAUUCAUGAAGAUAUUCGUGGCAAUAGCAUUCACAAUCGCAAUCACGGUCGGCGUCAUUAGUACCACGACCACGACCGCAACAUUUUCACUCCAAGACCCUGUUAAGGAUCUUACACCGCCAGGCGCGGUAAAGAUCAGACCGAGUCGCUUCUUGGCCCAAAAGGUCAACGAGGGCCAAGGACCUAAAGCCCGAAACCCUAAUGCAGCUGACCAUUGCCACAAGGAGCCAGAGAUCUGCAGCAGCAGCUAUUACAGCACCGGAGCAAACUCUACAAUGGCUUGUUGCAACAACAAGUGUAUGGAUCUAUCAGCCGACGACAAAAACUGCGGGGCAUGUAAGAACAAAUGCAAAUUCGGGCAAACGUGCUGUCGCGGUCAGUGCGUUUACGUGGCUUACGAUAAGCGCCAUUGCGGUGAGUGUAACCAUAGAUGCAAUCUUGGCGAGCUCUGCGUCUACGGUCUCUGUAACUACGCGUGAUGAAUCAAUCAUUCAUUACCGUAAGAAAAAAAAAACAAAUUUAAGUAAAAUAUAGGGAUGAUUUAUUUACUUGGACGCUAAUUAAAGAAAAGGUCGUUCCAAUUAAUUAUUUACUUCAUAAUUGAUUAAGUGUUGUGUUGUGUGUAUUUUUGGAUUCCCAUAAUGUUUUGAGGGGUAUAUAAAAAAGAGAUAACUUUUUCUACUUUUAAUGUCUUCGAAUAAAAUGGAACAUCUCGUUUCCACUCCUAUUGCUGUUUUUAGUAAGUUUAUAUAAGAGUGUGUAUUAUAUUAUAUACACUCGUAAAUCAUCAAUAAUGUUGUUAUACUUAUACAUAAAAUAAAAUCUCUUUCCUCUCA